AUGAUAUCGAAUGUGACCUCUCCUUCGAACCUGACCUCCAUUUACUUUACCCGGGAUCAGAACUUCCCCACUGCACCCUGGACGGUCUCUGCCAACACGACCAGGUCCCCUAACCCACAAUUCGGCAACGGCAAACUCGCCCUUCCGGCGGAUGACGACUUUACCCACUCAGAGGUGACUGUUACGAACAGUUCGACCGGGUCAGCGGAAUUGCUUCUUUAUGGGGGGACUGUCUUUGCCCAUGUGAAUGGCAGCCUCAAGAACCCAUUCUACGCGGCUGCUACCGAUGAUGUGUACAUUUGGCAGCUGCUGUGGAACCCAACUGAUCCGAAUGGCAAGGAAUUUACCCCGGUGGUGUUGCGUGCGAGCAUUGUGAUGUGA